AUGGACAGCUGGCAGUUACUUCACACCGUGAACCAUGACUAUUCCUACUUUUCUACAGUGCACCAAAGAUAUAGCAGAUUGGACUACAUCCUACUAGCGCAAGAGUUUUUGCCGAUGCACAUAUCAGCGGAUAAAACGAUGGCGGGCUGGUCGGAUCAUGCGCCCAUAUCAACCUAUUUAAAAUCCCCCCUGUUCAGACCCAGAGGAUACCAAUGGAAGUUGAACGAAUCCAUAUUAGCAGAGAUACCCAUGGUGGCGGACCUUCGCACCGUCAUCACCACAUACUUCGAGGAGAACGAUACGCUAGACACCCCGCCGCUGACAACUUGGGAGGCACACAAAUGUGUCGUAAGGGGACACCUAAUCAAGGUGUGCACACAGAGGAAAAGAGACCAGAAGAGACACAUGGAAGAACUAACUCAUAAAAUCGAAGAGCUGGAGGACACGCACAAAACCUCCCAAACUGAUGAUACCUACAGGGCACUGCUUGAAGCCAGACAAGCUCUCAGGGAACUCCUAUCCCAAAAACUACAACACACGAUUCGCAAGUCCAAAUGCUUUUUCUAUGAAUAUUCGAACAAAUGCUGGAGGCUCCUAGCAAGAGCGCUGCAAAGACAAAGGGGUAUGAGUCACAUCACCAAAUUUAAACCAAAAGAGGGUCCGGCUACCCACCUACAGGACAAAAUGACAGCAGAAUUCCAUAAAUAUUACAUGGACCUAUACAAUUUAAGAUGCCAGGAAUCUCCGGAGGAGGAACGACAAAGAUCAGCACGGAUGACAGCAUAUUUGCAACAACAUGUCUCGAAGACACUGAACGAAGUGAAAGCGGCGGAGCUAGAGGCGCCCAUUACUGGAACUGCAGGCGGCCCUGAAGUCCACCAAGCUGAAUAA